CUUCGUGGUGGUGGUGGGAGGAUUUCUACUUUUAUUCCACCUUGGCAAUGUUGUAUGUCACGGUCUGUACGCCGAGCUGGAAGUACAAAUUUCCAGCCAUCAAACAGCGGAAUUCCCGCCGCGAACAUCUGCAGGACGCCUCCCUGCUUUAUGAAGCCCAGGCGGGAGUGCUUCAUAGCACAGGAGAGGCGCACCGUGCGCGGCAGCCAGCCGGGAGCGACGCUGGGCUCGGGGCCGCCCGCCCCCCGUCCCGGGAGAUCCAAGGCUGUCCCGGGAGCGGGAGGGGAAGGGGGCGGUGGCGGCGCCUGCGCCGAGCGCUCGGUGGUGUCUCGAGUAGCGGGGAUGCUGCGCGCCGCGCUGGGAAGAAGGAGCCGGUGUUGCGAAGGGCUCUGGAGGAGCCGCUGUCCUGAAGCUGCCGGCGGCAGUGCCAGAGCCCUGAGCGCUGCCUCUGCCUCCCCUUCCCCGGGCAGUGGCGGAGGGGCGCGGAGCGGAGGUGCUCCCCCGGCAGGUGCUAGUAAUGUAAAGCCAUUGGAUGGUGUGAAAGUUCUUGAUUUAACAAGGGUCCUUGCAGGACCAUUUGCCACAAUGAAUUUGGGAGAUCUAGGGGCUGAAGUUAUCAAAGUGGAAAGACCAGGAGCUGGUGAUGACACAAGAGCCUGGGGCCCACCUUUUGCUGGGACAGAAAGUGUUUAUUUUCUCAGUGUCAAUAGAAAUAAAAAGAGUAUAGCCAUCAACAUGAAGGAUUCAAAAGGAGUAAAGCUAAUCAAAGAGCUUGCAGCAGCAUCUGAUGUUUUUGUGGAAAACUUUGUCCCUGGGAAGCUGGCUGAAAUGGGUCUAGGUUAUGAAGACAUUAAAAGGAUUGCUCCUCACAUAGUGUACUGUUCAAUAACAGGUUAUGGUCAGACUGGUCCAGUGGUUCAGAGAGGUGGAUAUGACUCCAUUGCUGCUGCUGUUUCUGGUCUCAUGCAUAUCACAGGGCAUGAGGAUGGUGAGCCAGUUAGACCAGGAGUAGCAAUGACAGACCUUGCUACUGGGUUGUAUACGUAUGGAGCAAUUAUGGCUGGUUUACUUCAGAGGUAUAAGACAGGAAAAGGACUACACAUUGAUUGCAAUCUCCUGUCAACUCAGGUUGCAUGUCUCACUCAUGUAGCAGCUAAUUACCUUAAUUGCAAAAUUGAAGCAAAACGCUGGGGUACUGCUCAUGGGAGUAUUGUUCCAUAUCAGGAUCUGGACAUUCACAUUUUCAUCUUUCAACUGGCCCACUUAGAUUUUCUCAGGAGAAUGAAUUCCAAGUGGAAUGUUUACAAGAUGUUUCAUGUGGCAGCUUGUCACCCUGCCAUCAGACACCCUGGGCAACUGGGCAGAGGCAAACUUUCAGCAAAAGAUGUUUCCUACUAUGGAAUGAUGCGAUUAACCACUGUGCCCAUUUCACAGAUGAUUUGGUCUUAUUGUGAAUAUAGAGGACUAGAUUUGGCACUCUGCUUGGCAUUUAAGACCAAGGAUGGCUACAUCGUGGUGGGAGCUGGAAAUGAUCAUCAGUUUGUCACUGUGUGCAAGAUCCUGAAUUUGCCUGAAGUUAGUAAAGAUUCCAGAUACAAAACUAAUACUCUCAGAGUCCAGAACAGAAAAGAACUUAUUGACAUAUUAUCAACCCGGUUUUCAGAAAAAGCAACAAUCGAGUGGUUGCAGCUCUUUGAAGGGAGUGGGGUUCCAUAUGGCCCAAUCAACAACAUGCAGCAAGUGUUCUCAGAUCCUCAGCCAUGAAGUUGGAACUUGGAGAAGCAAUGUUGUAAAGAUGCAGUAGGUAUGCUUCUGUGAAGUAUAACUUCUCAUGUGAAAGCACCAGAGAAAUUGGGAAAUUAAAUUUUUUAUUAUGUGAUUUAACUGAUGUAUAUUAAAAUAAGGCCUUAUGAGAAGUGGUAUCUCUUUUGCACAUCUUUACUGAAUGGCGGUGGAGUCUGACAGGAAAAAAGUUGAGCAUGCACUGAGAUUGCACUGCAUUUUUGUUGCGCAAGCAAGCGAUGUUUAGGAGCAACAAUUUUUCAGUGCCCUUUUAAAUGUGUAUAGAUAUAUAUUUAUAUGAAUGGUAUGUCUUUAGCUAAUCCUAUUUUCACUGAGAAGAGCAUGAUCCAAGUAUUUUUGGGGUAUGAAGAAUAUUAAGUUCUCAAAAAAUACCCAUUCUCUUAAAAUACUCAGUUGUGUUUAAAAAUUACAUUGCUGUCAUGGCCGUUCAAGGACAUGAAGAACCACCUAGCCUUUCUGGGCAUUUCCUUCUAGAAGCACAUGUGUCAAAAAGCCAUGCUUGGGUAUGAAGCAUAGAGCGUGUUUUUGAAACCUCAGUCUUUGUUAGGCCUCAGUUUUAGGAGUCUGUAACACACAUCCCUUGAGCCUCAAACUCUUGGAUUAAUUUCUGUACUUGCAGGAGUUACACAUUGGUUCCCUAAUCUUGCAGCUCAUCAAAGUGGCAUCAGUUGGUUUCAAAGAAUUUGUAUUUGGCAUCUCACGCUACCAGAGUAUGCUCAGGAUAAGGCCAUCAAACUUUGAUCUAAUAAGCUAGAUGUGUAAGUUCUGAGAAGUUCCCUACAGAGUAUGAACCCAGCCCUCUUUUCUGUUUGUAUAAACUAUAUAACUGUGUGGUCAAAAGAGAGUUUUCAAUUAAUCCAGUUGUUACAUUUAUGUAAAGUUUGAUGAGUGUUAAGACUCUUACAUGUAUGGGAAAGAAAGGAAAACAAGCAUAUGUCUGUCUUAUCAAGUUUCUCAGCCUCAAGUAAGUUUAUAUGCUGAAGUAAUUAAUUUUUUACAAGUUGAUUUUACUUUUUUUCUUAAAUCUGAGCAUUCACAGAAUCAUCAUCACAAAGUAAUAGUGAGGUUAAAUAGGCAUUCUUUGCUUUCCCCACAGUAUGGGAGUUGUGAGACUAUCUUUGACUAUUGGUUGCCUGACUCAAAUCAACUAAGUAUGUAAAAUCAAGUAAGAAAAUAACAUUGUUUGUUUUGAAAUAUUUUUCUAAGGUAGCUGUGACUUCAUUUACUAAGAAAAUUUUAAGUAGACUCAAUAAUAAACACUGUGAUUUCAGAUUAAAUUUUAGGCAUGCUUCAGUAUAACUUCCUUGAACAAAAGGUUGCUUUUUGUGUUUCUUACUUUUUUUUUUUUUACCAAAUAAAUGCCACCAAGUUCUCCUGGAGUUCAUUUGAACAUAGCCUGCAGGGGCUUGUUUGUGUCUCUCAGAGGCCAUAAGGGCUAGAUUUUAUCCUUGGUCUUUAUUACUUAUAUUGAUUACAAACUAAUCUAUUUAUAAGUAGUGGGGUAAAACUUUGUAGCAUGAGUGAAGUUUUGUAGGCAUGAAACUACUAAAAAUAUUCUGAAGAAUACAUAUUUCAGAAUCUCUCAGGUGAUUGCAGCUAUAGAUGAUGGUACAUGUAUUCCAGCAAGGAAGAAAAUAAAAUGGAAAAUCUAAUGACAACAACAGAAAUUGUGCUGAAACUGCAGAAACUGUGCAAAUCAGGCUUUACUUAGAAUUUGAUUUUCAGAUGCUUUACCUGAGUGCUCAACUUGAUUUAAAAAUCUUAGCUCAAGCCAUGACCCUGGCCUGUCAUCCUGAAAUUACAGGAUUUCCAUGCUCAUUAGCCUAAGUUCAUCUUGGAGUCCCAAUCACUGCUAAAAAAAAAAAGGCAACAUUUUCAAAUGAGAUGCUGACAUGUUUAUUUUACACUAUAGUUAUACAAUUUCAUUAUAUUAUAGUUAUACAAAACAUUUAAAGAAAAUAUACUGUUUUAGUUUUAUGCCUCUAAAUAACAAGGAGAAAUAUCUGAGCCAUUAGAAGAUGAGAGUGUGGGCUGAGUAGGAGUGGGUAUUUGAAGACAGAGAUUUCCAACCACCACAAAAAGGCAUUAGUCAGGUAAGCUUUCUCUGUCAUUGCCAUUUUCUCUCUCAUCUUUGAGUGGUUUCACGUAGGUUUCUAUUUUUAUUCAAGUAGACAGUUUGAGGAAGCAGGAAGUGUUUCCUCACUGUGGAUGGCCAGUCAGGAAGGAACAUAACCAUUGUUCUAAAGAAUUCAUUCUAACUUUAAAACUGCCUAUAGCAUUCAGAUGUCAACACUUGGAGCAGCCAGCUACGUGGUGAAAUUUUCUUCACACAAUUUCAAUUGGAUAGUUAGCAGCCAUAGCAUUGAAUUAGAACAAUUUAAAUCAAAAAUUGUGUGAUUUUGUAGUAUAUGUUUUAAGUGUGAAACUUGUGUUGAAUUGCUUAUAAAUCUUGAUUAAUAUUGUUGAUCUGCGAUGUUCUUAAAAACUUUUUUAAAGUCCUGAAAAACAAUCUGGAUUUGUUGCUAAUUGAAAAAUGCUAAUCCACAAAAAACCAGGAUUUUGAUCAGAUUUACAGACAGAACUCUGGGAGAACCCAGUUGAAUUUUAAUUGUUUAGGAUCACACCUGAAACUCCUCAUAGCUCACAGAAUAAGAAAAUUAAAAUGAAAUUACAUGAAAGGUCACUGCAAUAUGAAGCUAGUGUAGUAAAGGUGAUUAAUAAUUGUAUUAAAUAUGAGAUCCUGAUGUGAGAGAAGAGAAAGACAGAAAUUGGGAAUUUGAAGCCAAGUUUACAAAUGGUAAGAGAAAAACAAAAGAAUAAAUUGAGAUGCCAAGCAGAUGGUAUUUACACUAUGGAUCCCAGUUUAAUUUCUAAGAAAAAACCAGUAAGUUAAAAAAAUUCUCUUUAAAACCAAACAAACACUGCUAAGUUACUCUCUCAUGCUUUUGCACCAGUGUUGUAAAUAUUAUUUUUUUCUGUGAUGGGCUGUAUUGAUUGGUGAUCAGAGAGUUUUGAGAGUCCGGCUAAGAAGCCGCAAGGGCCAUUUUGAGGGGUUGCUAUGUGUUUCAAUGAGCUGGGUGUUGGAGAGAAACUUCUCCUGCAUGUAGUCUGAUGCUCUCUUGGCAUAGAACAGGCAACUGUAACUCAUUUUCCUGCAGUCCUCAAGUCACACCCGAAGCAGACAGGAACAGAAAUGCCAUUUUGUAUCUGCACAUCUUGUUCUUCCAGAUACUGUAUUUGCACAGGUUCACAAAUGAGAAAGAGAAAUUAGGAUUUCUGUAUUCAUUCCUGUCAUCCUCAAGACACCUGUUUCUUGAAAACAGUUGGUCUCUGUGCCAGUCAUCAAGAUAAAGGCUUUGAGUUCGAGGAACUCUUUAAAGCAGUUAUGUAAUAACAGAUUUUGUAAAAUUCUCCCUCUUUUCCCUGAUUCCCCUGAAAAACUGUGAAGUGAGAAGAGUAUUUACUGACAACUUGAUUGUGCAAACUAUCUCCCUCUUUCCCCCCACAAUUCCCAUGUUCUUAUGGUCCCUUAGAUUUAAAAGACUUAGGAAUCCCCCAUCUUUCUGAACUGGUUGUGGUUAUGUGAUUUCUUUCAUGUUGAAAACUGCAGUAGCAAAUUUGAACUGCCCAUUAUUGAUUCUUCUGUAUACCCUGAUACCAAGACUUGUUAACAAAAUACAAAUGCUUUCCUACUACUUCCAUGGCAUUGCUUUUCAUCUUUAGGUAUUUUUCUAACUAUUGACUCUGUUUUUAGCAUUUCCCUUGUGAACUUAAUAUUAAAUCUGAAACUUGUGCUUAACUGUCUGUAUAAUAUGUAUAUUCAGGAUGUAGCAUUUAUACCCAACUUAUCCUAUUGCAUGGUAUAUUCUAGAGGGAACUUAAUUUCUGUUGAUACAGUAUUCUGUAUUGCUUACUCUCCAACAUAAACUGUUAUAUUUGAAAAGAGUUCUACUUUGCACGACAAGCCCUAUUUAUUGUAAGAACCUGUUGUAUUUUCAGUGUUACACAUUCUUAUUUUUAGGACAUAAGAAUAUGCACUUAAGAGGAGUGCAUACUUGAACAUUUCUAAGUCAUGUGUUUUGAAACACAAUAUAUAUCAUUGGUAUAGACUGGUAUUUCUUUAAUUGCCUUUUUUCCUUAAGGCCUAACUUCAGUAAAUACAGUGCUAAAACUAGUGUCAGUUAUAAAUAUGUGUUAUUAAAAGAAGGUGGCAUUUAGUGUCUCUGCAGUGAAAUUUCAAAAUAUUUGGAAAUUUCAGUAACAUGCUUUCAUGUCUUCAUCCUCUGAAUAUGUUCUUUCAGAAUCUAAAAAAUGAAAAUGAUUCUCAGCCAAAUAGCUGCUGUAAUUGAAACUAAAGGCACAGCAAGACUAGGGCAAUUGCUGAUCAAGUAGUUAUCUACCUUUAUCCUUUAUUGGAAGAAGGUUUAUAAAAGUAAAAGCAAAUUAUGGGUUCUUGUGACAUGUUUGCUCUUCUACGAGAUUUCAAUCCAUGCAUAUUUCCUAUUUUAGAGCAAAAUGCAAAUGCAUUUAUUCUCACUGUGUAUGUUUUACUUCACUUUUUAGAUGAGUGAUGGAAAAAUAAGCAUGAAAUAAAAGCAUAUGGAGAUAGUUUAUAUCUUCACAAGUCAUCUAGGAGAGGGUGCAGAAGGAAGUGUCACUGUGAUUUCACAAUACAAUACACUUUUCCCAAACUUCUUGGCGGUUUUAAGUGAAUUUUUGUUUUGAACACACCAAAUUCUGUAGAUACAAACCUUCUGCUGCUUCAAAAGGAAACACAGAUUCACGCCUCACACUGUAGUUGUAUUCUCUUGGAGAUUAUUGCCUUUGCAUCAGUUUGGCCUUUGUCAAAUCGAAGGAGCAAAAGCCAGUGCUGCAAUCUUAAUUGAUAUAGCAGUCUAACUGACCAUCUAAAUAACCCUGGAACUCAGUGGGGCAAUGGGUGAAACUGAAAAAGUGUUUACUUACGUAUGAAUAUGGUUUGUUUUUGGCUAUGUUAUUAAUUGAAAAUUAAUAUGCAAGCCACGUGGAUGUUGAAAAGGCAACAAAUUCCAUUAGCUUGCCAGUGAGUUUUCUUUGUUAAUUCACUGUUUCCUUUAUUUCUGAUGAAACUUCUAGUAGGUAGGCCAGCCUUUGGGUCUUUCAAAAGAAACCUCCACAUGAGUAUUUAAAAUUAGAUGACAAAUUAAUUUAUAGAGGCUGCUGCUUUACUAGAGGGGGUGUGGAGAAUUUAGUGCUAAUUACUCAGUCUUGACUUCUCAGCAGAUCACAACAGAAGUAACAGAAUUCUUAAAUAGAUUUUAGGUUUUCGUAAUAAAGGUAUUUUUCUAGGUUUGUGUCAGGAAUGUUUUUUACUUCUUUUUGUACAUGUUUUCCAAUGAAAUGGGAAGAAAUAGAUGUUAUAACAAAGUAUAAAAUCUAUACAUAGCAAUUAAAGGCUUGAAAUUUAUAUGUAUAUAGUGUAAUUAGGAAUCAUGUUACCAAUUAUAGAAUAAGAGAACAUAGUUUUGCUGCGGAGGAAUCUUGCCUGCUGAUCUGUUUGAUUACUUAAUAAAACAUCACAUUUGCCCGAAGUUUUGAGUCAAAAAUUGCAUUUAAAAUAGAUUGCAGCUUGUUUUAACUGGAUUAGAAAUUAUGAAAGGAGAUAAUGUGAGAUUUGCUCUUAGAAAUCCUCCAUCUUCUUAUAUAUGCUUAUGAAGUAAGUUAUGAUCUCCUCAAAGGUAUUGUGCCCCAAAUUCCUGUUUUAUGUUUAAUUUUAGGAUUUGCUCAAAGUCUCCAGAGAGGUUACAGAAAGUAAUAAAAGUGUGUAGGGAGAUUGCAGUAGCUGAUAAUAUCCAGCGUGUUUUCUCUGUUUAGUGCCUGCAUGUUUUAGUUGGUUGAGUUAAAUAGUGAAGUUCUCCCUUCUCAGUCCCUGGCAUUGGAGUCAUUGCAGCUGCUCUCAGGAGAGUAAGCAUAUUUGCUGACCUAACAAAAUUUUCUGUUACCAAAGCAGAGGAUUUUUCCAAAUGUGUGUAGCCUCAUGCCGAUAUGCCCUUUUCCUAGCAGAAAAGUAUUUGACAGAUAAACAUUUCUUUCCUGCUUUCUUGAAAUACUGGUAUUAUGGACUGACUUUGCUUAUUGGGGGUUGUGGGCAUUCCCCCCUCCCCCCCCUUUUUUUUUUUUAAUUUAAUAUUCUCUGUCUUAGGAUUUUGCUUCUUUAGACAGCAAUUAUGUGAAAUAGAAUUGGACUAACUUUUUUAGUGAAUCAAUCACCAGAAUAUGAUUCUGGGAGAGAUAAAAUUCUUUGUAAUUUAUAUCAAGUUCAUGAAAUAAUUUUAAAUAUUGUCAAAAGUUUAAAUGUGAAUAAAGUAGCAUGGAGAAAAUCAAGCACUUUUUACAUAUACUGUAUCCUGGAUCAAAAGUGAGAUCUGAGGAAAUGUUUCCCUUUACUCAGAUGGAUGCUCACUAGCAUAAAUGUUAUGAUAUUCUAUUAUGAUUGUGAUACUAUUAAGAUGGGAUUUUUUUUGCCUUAAAGAGAAAUGAUGUCAGUGCUGAGGUUAAAUUAAUCCAAGCUAUCUGUUUUUCUGAUCCAGUGAGCUGCCUACCAAACAGCUGAAAACUGUGAGAUCCCCAGCAGCUAUUUUCGACAAGCAUAGCAGGAAGAGGGUCUGUCAAAGGAGCCUGGAAGUAGUUCACAGCAGAGACAUAUAAUGGUUGUCUUUAGUUCAAUUAGAAUAUCUCAUGCAUCUCAUACAAACUAGAUAUUUUUCUUCAUACUGAGGAGAUCUGAGGUGAGGUAUCAAUUACUUACCUGGCUUUGGUAUUUAGAAACUUUAAAAAUAACUUCAUGCCAAAUAUUAAGUUCAUCUUUUUAAUAAAAUCAAGCUCACUUA